ACGUGACUUUAAAGCUUCUUUGUUUUUGGUAUUUAGAAAAACUGUUCAUCCUGACUUAAACUGGUAACAGAUUGAAAUGAAAUACUUUAAUACUUUGCCUGGCUUCAGUAAGAGGUUCUCAUUUCUAAAUUUUUUAAAGAAAGAGCUAUUUAGUUAUUCUGGAGCAAAGUUAAAUCUGUAAUGGUUGAUAAUAUAUUGCAGAGAUUCUUUUGCACAGGAUAGAUAUGCUUGAUUCAUGUGUUCAAAACCUGUUGUUUUGGAAUUACAUUUUUCUGUUAAUCCACAAAUACAGAAGAAGGAAUGGCUUGUAAAGACAUGAGCUGCAGUGUCAGGAAGGGGAAAACCCCAGUCUUCUUAGUAUUCAGGGCUCAGACUAAAGAGAGGAAUUGCAGUACAAUACAUUCCUGUGAAUCUCGGUGUAUGUUGCAAAACAUAGCAACAUCUUUUGGGGAAACUGUAUACAGGGUGAUUGCAUUAUUUUGCAUCUAAACUGCCAACCAAGGAACACCUUUUAACCGAUUAAAACAACAAAUUGCUGUAAGGCAUCCUUCCUGCUGGUAAUGGGGGCCUGGGUAGUCCUGGCCCUGCAGCAGGCUCUUGGGCUUGCUAGUAACUGUGUGGUGUAGUGACGUGCUCCAGCUUUGCUCACCCCAGCACUUCGGUGCUGGAGGACCCUUGAGAGAACUUUGAGUUCCUUGUAGUUAUCAAUUUGCAUUGAAGUAGAACAUGCAUAGGUGGUGAUGGAUGUAAUCCAGGUUAUGGCCAUCACUGCGUCUUCCUCUCUUGCUGCCACUGAUCACAGCUGACAUCAAGGGGAUCCCUUCCCACUAGUCAGUCAGUGCUUCAGCACUGGGCUUUCAGUUGCUCCAGAGCUUGUUUUGCCCAUAAUCCAUCAGUUCUGAUGGUACACAAUUAAUCACUGUAAGUUUUAAUUAGAAUGGUAUUGGUUUUUCUGAUUUUUUUCUUAUUUAUUUAUGCACUAUGGUAAAUAAUGAAGUUAACGCUGCUCAGUUAACACUUAGAUCACCAGGAGAGAAAGGGUUCAAGAGCUGAGGUCCAAAAGUUCCAUGUACUGGUAGGCCCUUAUAUGCACUUUAAUGUUACAUUAUGUGCUCUUACUUGUUUUCUCUCCUGAAAAUGUAAGGAUUUACGUCCUCCAUCUGCAUACAGAGCACAUAUACUGUAUUGUUUUGUCUAUAUUUUUUGCUCCUCCACAUCCUGUCUUUCUUUAGUGAGUAUUCCAAAAGCUCACAGCUGAUGAAUCCUCGUAGUAUAAUACCCUUUAUGAUAGUGUGGAACCAUAGGUGUGAAGAUCUCUGUCUCAGUGGACUGCAUAUGUUUUGCCUGUCUUUUGAUAAAGUUUUGGUAUGCUAUGUAAAAUAGUACUUUGAAGUAAGUGCUGUAGAACUGAUAUGCCAUGACUACUUUGGCUAAAUUUUGGAGUGGUAGUAAUCUUGGAUUGAUAGGAAACAUGUUUACUUACUACUGUCCCAUGAAACCUCUACAAACUUCUGUUGUUGAGUAGGACUUGAAAGGAAAUUGCUGCCUUGUCCAUCAGAAAAAAAACCCCCAACCAACAAAACACAAAACAAAACAAAAAACCAAACAAAAAACAAAACCAACCAAACAAAAAAAGCCAAGAACCAAAACCCACAACAAAACCAAACCAAGAAACCACCCCAACAGCAGUGUUGAACUAUGCACUUUGUCUCAGUCACAGAUGGCAGUGAGGCUAGGAAGAAACACGUCCGGACUAUGCUCUUCCUGAGUAAGCAGAGCAGCUCUUGUCCUUAAAGGUGGUUGUGCAUUGGAAUUUGGUGUAGUAGCAAGUCUGCAAGAGGUCUGAGUGUGAGUGCACUCUUGUCUAGUCUGCCUAAUCUUAUUCACGGUAAUUCAAGUAAUCAAGGAGCUCAAAAUAUCAUUAAAGUUUUGAAGAGGGUGUUAGUGUAAUGUGACAUUAAAAUACUGCCCUUUCACAUUUGGGCGCCUGAGGACUCUGGGAAGAAUUUGAAGCCUGUUUGCCCUCGGGGCGUGCGUGAGCCCCACCGUACUGUUCUUUACCUUCGACUCUGCUGUGGGCCGGGCGGAAGAGGAUCGGGAGAAGUAGCACCCGCAGCGAGCUAAUGAGGCUCGUCCAGGAGGAACGGACAGUGCCGGCACUACCCCGAUCCCAGCCCGCACGCCCACCCCGCGCCGGGGAAGGGUGUUCCCGGGGCGGGCGAAGGGCGGGAAGGGGGGCGGGUUAUCGAGAGGGAAAAGCCACGGCGGCUGUCGGUGCGGAUCGAGCUCGCAUCUAACGCCGGCGGUCGGGGCUCCUUGUCCGCCUGUGGCCAUGGGGCUGCAGCCCCGGCGCGCCGCGGGUCCCUGCCCGCCCGCGGGGAGAGGCGCCGCCCUGCCCGGAGCGCGCCCCACGGCUCCCUGGGCCCGCAGCGAUGAGCCAGAGGGAGCUCCCGGCCGCACCGCCACCCUGCCGCCUCUCCUGCCGGCCCCCACGGCCUCCUCCGCUGCCGCCCGGCCGCAGCCCAAGAAGCCGCCGGCGGCCGCCUCGGCUCCCAAGAAGGCAGCGCCGCGGCCCGCGGAGGAGAAGGCGCCGAGGAAGGCGCGGGGAGCGCCCCCGGAGCGGCCGGGCCCCCUCUCCAGCUCCUGGCCCUGCUCGUCCCUACAGCGGCCGCCGCCGCGGAGGGUGCCGGCUGAGCGGGGAGCGCGGCCCCAGCCCGCCCCGCCGCAGGUGCGGGGGCGCCCGGGGGCGGGCAGCCGCUCCUGUGAGAGCCUCGGCGGGGGGCCGGGGGAGGCGGCGGGGCGCUUCUCUCUCAGCCUGCCCCCGGAGGCGAUCCGAGUGCUGCAGCGCCGCAGCCUGGAGCGGCAGCGGGGGCAGAUCACCCCUGCGCCCGGCGGCAGAGCGACCCUGGCCCGGCGCGGCGGCGGCGACCUGCGCGCCCUGCUGAAGGUUUCGCUGCUCAACGACCAGCACCGCUACGACGACGAGGAGUACGAGGAGGAGGAGGAGGCGGGGGCGGCAGCAGACGAGGGGCUGGUGCGGAAAUGCACGGAGUGGCUGCGCGGCGUGGAGAACGCGGUCGGCCGCGACCACCCCGAACGGCUGGAGACGCUGCCGCACCUCGGCACCCUCUGAGCCGCCCGGGACCGGGGCCGGGAGAGCGGCGCGGAGGGGCCUCCGGAUCGAGAGGUGGGGCCGCUGUCUGCAGCCGUCAUCAUAGCCUUUGUCGUGCCGUCGGCGCCGCGGGUUCCGCCGUGGGGCCGUUCGCGGAGCCCCCGGACUGGAGCCGAUCGGGGGGGCGGCGCCGCCGCUGGGGCGAGGGACAAAGGAGCGGCGACGGCCGGUGCUCGGAGGGAGGGCAGCUGGCUCUGGGCGUCCUGUCUCCACCCUUGGGGUUUUUUUAAGACUUACUUUAAGAGUACUUUAUAAGAUGUGCGUAAUGGUUUUGUAUAUUUGUACAUAAAAGUUCAUUUUUAUUUAUUUGAAUAAAUGACUCCUGUGUUGCGGUAGCCUUUGCGCCUUGCUAGCUUCGCGUCCCCAGUCUGGCGGUGUCCACCAGCGCGUGUUCGCUGUCUCGAUGUCCUCAAGGUAAGGAUGGCGGGCCGACCACCGUGGGAAGAGCCUGAUACCGUUGAAACCCAGGUUUGCUUGUUGAUUCAGUUGCCGCCAACUCGGCUCUAAAGAAGACGCUGUGGCGGAGGAGACGGUGCGGCACAGGCGAGAUAUCGAGCAGGUGGGGGCGAGCCCGUCCCUGCUGGGGGCAGAUGGUGGCGGGGGCGGCCACCGCGCCAGCGGGGAGCAUCCCUCGCAUGGACAAGAGGAGGAGGAGGGCGCAGUGCAGGCGGCCGUGGAGUGGGCAGAGGCUGAUCAGGUCGUCUGCGCCCGGGGCCGCGUCUGCGCCGGGCAACGGGAGGGGAGCGGCUGGGUCUGUGUGUGUUCAGCGCGAUUUCCCAGACAGUAAUUCAGACACAUCCGACCUUUCGAGCUGCUGCCAAUUUACGAGGUGGAGGAGGAGGGAAGGAGGGAGGGAGCGCAGCAGCAGCAUCCUUUGUCAGCGUCCCCCGGCCUCACAUUGCCAGGGCCCACCGCAGCCUUCCCUGCUCCGGGCUGUGACCGUACUUCGUGUUCAGAGCUCUGUGUGUUGGGAGAGGUGAGGAGGGCCAGCGAGAGAUUCAAAAAUUACCGUCAGAAAAGGAAAGGUAAAUCUUGAAUGGGCUGACAGUUGUCUCGGCCACCUACUGCCGAUCUCAUAUUGUUACCCGGCUUCUCAGAACAACAGUCAGACCUAAACAUUUACUGUGAUUCUAUAAAUGUUUUGUAAAUGAAUGUUUGAGCAUUUAGGAACCCGUUAAAUUGAAUUACUCUUAGCAGAGUAAAACAAAGAUCAGUGCCACAAAUUGGGCAUUAUACAUUUCACUUAGAUGCCAGUUGUUUACACCAAAUGACAUUUGUGUUGACUGUUCUAUUAAAUCAUAGAAGAUAAACCUUUCUAUAUAUUAGUUGCACUAUGUAGCAGUGUGCUACAUUUUGGUUUGUUCAAGCACUUUUUUCCAUUUUUUUAACCUGAAAUUUCAGGAAUUACAUGCUUUGAGAAAAUAUUUAUUUAUUAGAUGCAUUGAUUCCAUUCCAUGGCUAGGCUUCGCAAACGAAGGUUUGAGAAGGGCUCUACCCACGCUUGCACCAAGUGCGCUGAUGGUUAAAAAGGCCAGUGCAAGAUAGACAAGUCCGGUUGCAGAAGGUACAGCAGAAAGACUCCCCAGGUGGUAUCGAUGAGACGCGAUUCUUUCUGCGUUGUCUUUUCUCCUCGAGAGUGAUCCUGCAUGUGUUCUCAAAAGCAGCAGCAGCAUUAUAGAUGGUGUGUCUCCAGGCCUCCCGAUUGGAGGCCAGGGUAGACCAAUGGUGGUGAUCAAUAUGGCCAAGGCUGAGGGAUUGUUUCAGGCAGUCCUUGUAUCACCUCUUCAGGGCUCCUCUCUUGCGGCAGCCAGUGGCAAGUUCCCCAUAGAGCACGAUCUUAGGGAGGCGGUAGUCCUGCAUCCUGGAGACGUGCCCUGCCCAGCGCAGCUGUGUUCUCAGCAGCAUGGCCUCAGUGCUCGUGACUGCUGCCUGUUCAAGGACAGACGUGUUGGUCACAGCAUUGAUACUGCCAUUGAAAAAGUGAUGAACCACUGUAAGACGUGUGAAAUAGCUAUGCUCGUAGGCUGCAGAAGAAAGCAAGGGGCAUGAGAAUUUACAGAGUCUAAUUCUAUUUCAUUUACACAAAUGCAAAGAUUCAUUUGUAGUGAUAGCUUAUGAAAUACAUGCAUCUUCAUAUGCCUUUAGCUGAGUUUGCAUGUAAUUCUGCUGUAAUUAUCAAUUUUCAGUAACAUCUUCAAGCAAAUAUGCCUCAACAAUUGCAAAUUUCUUGCCAAAUUUAAUAUAUGAUGGAUUGAUGUAGACUAAUUUUUUAUUGUUGUUUUUCCAUCUUCUAACAAUAAGGAAAAUGGUAGUAGUUGAGCUAUAGCUGCAUUUUCCUUUUGUGUCUCUUUUGGAAAUGCAAGUUUACAAAUGAGCAUCCUGGACUCCUAACGUUGUUCCUUAUAAGUGCUCUAUGGUUUCUUAUCAGCUAUAAUCAGUAUCUCCAAUUGCAGCAAAAAGUGAUUCAUUCAUUAUGGGCUGAAGUAUGUUAAAGCUUGUGAGGCUGAAAGCUGCUUUGUUCAGAGCCUGAAGUGUGGCAAAAAAAUCAAUAAAUUUGAAUGCACAGCAGCAACAAAUACAGCAUGAGCUGAGGGAGUGUGAAAUUGAAGAAGACGGCCAAGUCUGACAAAGGAGGAACCUGCUCAAAGUAUAUUAGAAAGAAGAAUUUGAGAACUUGGGAAUUACCUUUUUUUUCCCCUGAAGAAUUGAUUAGAGCACUGCUGCCCAGAGGUCAUGCAGCUAGGAUCUUCUGUGUUAGGUCACUGUGCAUGGUAACUGGAAGUGGGACUGAGAUGAGCUCAUCCUGACAUAAGGUUAUGCAGUCCUGAUUUUGGGCCGGAUGUUAAGAGCCACUGGAUUUUCUGAAGUCAUAUAACUACUGACUGACUGUAAUACUACCUCCUUUACCAAAUGGUAACAUUAAGAUUUAUUGUUUUCUUUAUUUGCUCCCUUUCUGUUCUCUUUGAAUGAUAAAUGAUGCCCCUAGUGUUCUGAAUACUUUCAGCUGAAAUGCCCAUAAAUCUUAUAAGCAAUAUUAGAGGAAACAGAGGAAGAUACUCCCUUCAUACUAAUAGUAACUUCUGUUAAUUUUGCACACAGCUUACCUCUCAGUACUUUUUCAGUUAAAAAGAAAACUGUUGGGUUCUAAUAUCUAAAAACUGUAGAUAAAUUAAACAUAAUAAAACUAUUUAAGUCAUUAGUAUGUGUCACAAUGGACAUUUGAGCUCAGUGGCAGGCUUCAAAAGACCAAAAUGCCAGUGGAAAUUCAGACAGUGGUGAAAACACUGAAAUAAAUCAUUGCAUUUGUCUUAGUGCAGCAUCGCUACUGCUAUCUAAGAUCUAUUAUUUAAUUAUAUGGGAAUAGGCAUCAUAUAAUGAACUAAUCGACUGUUCCUUUCCUAGAUGAAAGAGAAAGAGCCUUCUGAACUGUUGAGAACCAAAACUUUCCAUCCCACUGGUCCCCAGUCAGCCUGAGCCUCCCUCCAUCUGAGACAUGGGUUCAGGAGAGAUUGCUAUUGGCAUGACUGGAAAAUUCAAGUGGGAUGCUGUGAAACAGCAUUUCUCCUUGUCACAUGUGCUCAACUAAGGUGAGAGGGCUUUCCCUGGACAAUAAGGCCACUGCUGCUUCCCCCCAGUUCUCAGCCUCUGGAGCUGCUCCAGUGUAAAUAUGAUAAGGUAAGAACCCUUCUUCUAUAUCGGUGAAAAAAUCAGGCAUGUUUAGGAAUACUUCUCAGAUGGCAUAGAUUUGAUUUUACCACAAGAACCAACAAGCAGCCUGGAAGUCACUACAUUUGCCUUUUGCAGUGUAUUAGCCAUCUCCAAAGUGCCUUAGCCUAAGCCUCCCAUUCAUAACCCUUUUAGCUGCUGAAGGAGAGUUAGGAGCAGCUGGUACCAUGGAUGCUUAAAAUAAUCAAUAAUUGCUUCAGGGUAGAUAGCUUCUUCCUCCAAACACAUCAGUAUGAUUUACAGUGGAAAAAAACACCCAACCAACACAUACUCUGAGUCUCUUUUUUUUUUUUUUUCUUUCAAGGUAGCUAAUAAAUAGUGUUGGACUUACUGCUGUUUCUUGGCAAGCCUGAGUAAACAGAGGAAGCCCACGUUUCCCUAACCAAACAGCCCCAGCCAUAAGCAUCACUGAGUUUGUUCUUGGGUUCUAGCCCAAAUCUCAGCUUUCCCACUCCACUGACAGUUAGUACCAUCUUUCAUCUCAAAGCUGGGGGGAGAGCAUUGUGUUGCCCAGCUUUUGUGGUUUUUUGCGUUUUUCCUCACCAGAACGCUUGUAAAGCUCAUGCAAGUGGUAUUCACUGAGCUCUUGACAGACAUCUCCACCUGCCCUUCCCAGCUGUGCCUAAGGGAUCUGACACACAGCUGGAUGGGAGCAUCAGUUUGUGGGCUGCUGUCCUGAGAGGACUAGUGGGGUGGUGUUUGUGUUGACCAGCAACUGUCCUUACAAUUGGGGGGCUCUUUCUUUGGUUUUGUGGGUUGUUUUUGUGAGGUACGUAAAGGCACAUUCUGUUUUCUCUCUUAAGAAAAGCCUCUUUUAGGUGGUGGUUUUGUAAAGAGAAGAGCUUUUGAGAAGGUUUGGCUUUGGCACUUCCUGGAAGAGAAAUCACUGCUUUGCAAUGACCAGAAUAUAGGGAAAACAUGACUGAACAUGACUGACUGAAUGAAUGCCUGCAACAGGACUGCUCAGCUGAUGGGCUCUGGUCUGGAUCUCACCCAGCUUCAGGACCAAGCAAGCAGAUGGAUGUGGUAUGGGUUAGGAGCUACUUCCAGAGAAAGAAGCUGUUUCCCAGUGAUAACAGUAAGAUGAGUGCAUAGACAAUCAAAUAAGGUCUUUUAGCCUCUUUUAAUUUUAUCAAAAGAGUUGUUAAAGGUUAUUUUUGGAAGGACAUUAUUUAAAAUCCAUUUUUUCCCUUCCUUGCAAUGUACGGUGAGGGCCUGAGAGUUCUGGGAUGGCUUAAAGGUUUCUUCGUUCCUUUCCCUCCCAACCCCCAUAAAAUGGAAGAUAUGAAAAACAUGCAGCCUGUGUUUUGCAGUCAGUUGUCUUGAGUUAAUGACUGUCCUGGUUUCGUUUGAGAUAGAAUUGAUUUCUUCUCAGUACGGUGCUGUGUUUUGGAUUCAGCAUGAGAAUAAUGUUGAUAACACACUGAUGUUUUUUGCUAAGUCCUUUUCAUCUUAAGUCAAGACCUCUUUAUGUUUCGUGCUCUGCCAGUGAGGAGGUACACAAAAUGAAAACUGGGAGAGAACAUAACCAGGACAGGUGACCAGGACAGGCCAGAAGGGUAUUUCAUACUAUAGAACAUCAUGCCCAGUAUAUAAACUGUGGGAGCUACCCAGAAUGGGGGCUGAUCUGGGUUUAGGGUCUAGCACUAGUCAGCAGGUGAUGAGCAAUUAUACUGUGUAUCAUUUCUUUGGUUUGUGGUUUUGUUUUAUUAAUUAUCAUUGCUAUUAUAUUUUACUUUGUUUCAACUAUUAAACUUUUCUUAACCUACAA